AUGUCAGAAGAAGACUUUAAGGAUGAAGUAGCGGCUGAAAAAAACACCUACUACUUCCAAGAUAAUAAGUAUUACCAAAAUGCUCUAGAUGUCUCUUAUCGGCUUUUACCUUUCAAAGAAUCGAUGUCUAAGAAGUGGGUCCUAUCCAUCUUACUUAGUAUUAUUCUAUCAUUGCUUUCAUUUUGUUUAUUCUUGUUUGUUCGAUACCGCUAUUCGAACGAUUCCGUCAGAAACUUUGGCUAUUUCGAAGUUGAGUGGGUGUCAUUGCCUCCAAUCGAUGGAGAACCUGUGCAUAUAUUCGAGAGCCAAUAUGAAAGGAUUCCCUGGGAGGCAAAAACAAUGAAUACUACAGUCUUUGAGAACCAGAAAUUAGAAAACGGAUUGAGUGCUACUUUCACUAAAUUUGAAGACUUCGAAUUUGACUCUGUUUUCUUGACAUUAAACAUCACCAACAAUGAAGACGACGACAGUGAAAGUGUCAAUGUAUUUGAAAUAUCCAUCGAUGGUCAUCCAGUAUGGAGAAGCUCCACACCUUUAACUAAGACAGACACUACAACCUACUCAAGCACUAGUAAAGAAAUUUCCAAGUAUAUUUCACUCUUUGGUAAAAAUAGUAACCAAUUCAAAGUACAAUUCUUGGAAGGAAGCCAUGACAAAAUUAGUUUUUCGCUUUCUCUUACAUUAGCAAACUGCGAAAAAGAAAAACCUGCUAUAGAUUCUCCAAUCACAGUGAGUUCGCUUUUCAAUUCAACCGUGCCUGCAAACGAAAUAAUAGCAUUGACCAAAGAAAAUGGAGAAGUAUUUGACUUGUCGAAGAACGACAAGUUCUUAAUUGAAUUACCAAAGUUCAGCGGAAAGACAUUUGCUGCCGACCUAGAAUUAUUUGUCUCCGCUGGAAAGUCUGACGACCUUUUCAAAAGUAGAAAUUCUCCGUUUCGUCGUUUGAACAUUUUCAUUAAUGAAGAACUAAUUGCUACUAUCGAACCAAAGCCAGAUUUGUUUCACUCUAACUCCAUCAUUCCUAGUGGUUACUCAGGACCUAUUGCCCCUUAUGCUAGCUUCACCGGACUUACGUAUGAAGUAAAUUUGGCUGCCUAUUUGCCACUUUUGUGGGAUCAGAAAUCCACCUUAGAAGUCCAACUUGUCUCACCAGUUAACGAUGUGUUUCCCUUAGAGGUUGAAAAAGUAUUUUCCCUGAUGGACGAUUAUAGUGUUAAGGAAUUUACAUCUGUUUCUUCUGAAAAGUCAAUACUGAAGGGCGAUAAUCAAGUCAAUACAGAAUGGUACAUGUCUGGCAAUAUCUUGCUUUGGGAAAACGAAGACAUUUUGACUUCUCAAGGCGAGAUAUUGAGGUCUGGAACCAACGAAACUCAUAAAGCUGCUUUACAAUAUAGAAUUUAUUCCGACAAAGUAGCUUCUAGUUCACAACAUGUUAAUUCUUACCAUCAGUCGAUUCUUCAAUUUUCUUUGAAGAACGAGUCCCUACUAACUUUCACUGUGAAUCAAACGAGUUCAAAUGGAGGCGAGUUUAGAGAAGAUCGGCGUAAUAGAAACAUUUCGCUCGAUGAGUACACCUUGCAAAGGUAUAGCUCGCAGUUUAUACUGUUAGACGUCUUUGACGGAAGUGCCAUUGAUCUGUUAUUCCACGUACAACGUAAUCUUGGAUGGAACACAGAUAAAGUGGUCUCUAUAUCUGAAGAAAAUCGAUGCUUAAUUCACGCUUCAAAUGGUUAUCACGACAAUAUUUUUAGCUCAAAGGCUACUGAAAUCAGAAAUUUACAUGACCAUGUAUUUGAGAUGAUUAAUCAUCUUUCAAUCUGGACAUUCGAGUCAUAUUCACGUAAUAUAUUCACGCUGAGGUUUCACAGAGACCCAAAGUCUAAAAGCAAAUCAAGAGUACUCGCAUUCAAAUCCGACAUUCAAGUGUGCUGA